AUGGGAUCCACAAUCUUCAUUCUCUUGGGGCUGGUAGUUACAGUUUACGGUUUUGUGGACUAUGGUAGUAGCUCUUUGUCAAGACUCAAGGUUUUGGAAGUUGAGAGAAAAUUAAAGCAGCUUAGAGGACAUUCCUUAAAAACUAUCCAGAGUGAAGAUGGGGAUAUCAUUGAUUGCAUUGACAUUAAUAAGCAACCAGCUUUUGAUCAUCCUGCAUUGAAAGGUCACAAAAUCCAGAUGGCUCCCACUUAUAAUUCAGCUAAGAAGGACAUGACAAUAGGGACCAAAACUACUAGAACUAGAAAAAAUGCAAAGAGUGGCAAAAUGAUGAAGCAAAGGGAUGAAGGGUCAUCUGUGACUGUUACUUCCCAAGUGUGGCAGAAAAGUGGAAGAUGUCCAGAGGGAACAAUACCUGUUCGAAGAAUACAAGAAAGAGACAUGAUAAAGGCUCAUUCAAUUGAAGAUUAUGGAAGGAAGAAGCCAAGCUUCUCUCAUCAACAUGUUGGUCAACUGAAUAAUAAUCUCGACUCCUUUGUACAACUGAAAAACCACUCUAAAGCAAUAGCAUUGGCAGUUGGGUUCCGUUACUUGGGAGCCAAAGGAGACAUCAAAGUGGACAACCCUUCUGUUGAAAAGGAUGAUGAAUACAGCACUUCCCAAGUAUCUCUCUUAACAGGGCCAUACAAUGACUUUGAGUGUGUUGAAGCUGGUUGGGCGGUCAAUCCCAGUGUGUAUGGAGAUAGGCAAACUCGGUUAUUUGUUUACUGGACGGCUGAUGCUUCAAAGAAAACGGGUUGCUUUGAUCUGACUUGUCCUGGAUUUGUUCAGAUUAGCAAUGAAAUUGCUUUAGGUGCUGCAAUUUAUCCGAUAUCAAUUCCUGGUGGGCUUCAAUACAUAAUAACUAUUUACAUCUAUAAGGAUCCCUAUACCAAUAAUUGGUGGGUGCAAUAUGGUGAGAAUACCAACAUAGGUUAUUGGCCACCUGAGUUAUUUGAAACAAUACGUUACAAUGCAGAAUCUGUGGAGUGGGGUGGUGAAGUUUACAGUUCCACUAUUGGGCAUACUCCUCACACUGCAACACAAAUGGGUAAUGGACAAUUUGCUUCAGUUUUUGGUGAGUCGUCUACAAUAACAAGAAUGAGAAUUCAUGACAACUCUGCAGCCUUGAAGAUCCCAGAAUAUGUUGCUGAAUUCACGGAUGAAUUUAACUGCUAUGAUGUUUGGUAUUUGUCAGAUUAUGUUGAAGAUCCUGAGUUAUAUUACGGAGGGCCUGGUCAAAAUCCAAAAUGCCCUUAAACCCCCUUCGUUUGCAUAGCAAGAGAGUAAAAAAAAGGAGUGAA